CUCUCACCCGCCCACUACCCCGACCCGUACUGCGCCGCCGCGGCCCUCACGCCUCCGCCGCCGCCCCGCGCCUCCCAUCUCGCUUCUCAGUUCUCUCCCCACUCCCCAGAUCUGGCAACAUUGCUCCGGUAUAGAAGGACCCCUCCUCCCACGGUCGUCGGGCCCUCGUCCUCCACCCCAUAGCCACCGCGUCCGACCUCCACCGCGCCGCUACCUUCCUCCCUCAUCGGCAGAGCCCGCCCCCUAGUAGUCUUCCACACACCCAUGGACGACGACGACAGUGACGCGGCAGCCGCCUCCCUCCUGCGCGUCUCUUCUGGCGACGGUACCGCACCCAUCUACGACGCGUGCUGCACAAAAAGCGCGAUGGAGGCGGGCGGACCCAAGCUGGACGCGUGGGGUGGAUCCCCGUACACCCCAUUCUCUCGCCUCGGCGUGUCUCAUGGGGGAACUCGCGGCCCUCAACGGUGGCGAGCGAGGAGGCUCCCGCUGCAGCUCCGAGCACCUUCCCGACAUGCUGCGUGGCCUAGACGGCCAAGUGAGAUUGCGAAGAACUUGCCACUUGCACCAGUAAAGCUCCAUUACACUAUGCCUGCUGAAGAUGCAAUUAAAAUCAAAGAAGGUGAAUCUGGGAGACAGCCUUGGAGAGACACCUUUGAAAGUUUCUUGUAUGUACCCAUGAGGACCGUCAUGGUAUCCACCCACACCCUCUUGUUGGCUUUCUAUGCGGUGCCUCAGCGUCCUAUAGAUGACCGAAAGCUUGCAGUAGCAUCAUCAUCAUCUCUGUCUCCUUCCUCACGAGCUUCAUGUCGUAGAUGAGGUCGCAACCGAGGUUUGCAUCACGGAUGCCGUCGACGGUGGGCAUACAUGCUGUGGCGGAAGCUCAUGGCAUAUUGUAGGUUGAACUCAUGCUUUUGUUUGUUAAUUCUUGUUGCAUAUGUACACAUGUUGUGAACCGUCCUUGAAUAUGUAUGUGUGUUUUUGUGAAACUAUGUUGGAUAUGUAUGCAUGUGUGGACUUUGAACUCAUCAUCGGUUUGUUAUUUUUGUGAACAUGUAAUAUAUUGGAUAUGUAUGCAUGACCAUUUCAUUUGUGAAUUCUUGUUGCAUAUGUACGCAUGCUUUUGUGAAACUAUAUUGUUGUUGUGAUCUAUUGGAUAUGUAAUAUAUUGUUGUUGUUGU